AAGCAAAGUGAUGUUAAUUUAAUUUGCUACCCUACCACAGUCCACAGCGGUCAUGAACCACCCCUUUUUCCCAUGAGGCUCAUUUGCUAUAAUUUCAUUUGCCACUAGCAAAGGCUGCUGAUUUGGAUGGUAAGUAUAUUCUCUUCUUCUUUUCUUACUCCCAAAUCUAUAUCUAUAUAUUUAUACAGUAUAUAACUUAGAGUCAAAGCUUCUACUCCAUCAUCAUCACCAAUUCUACCAUCUCAUCGGAUCUGCAAGAAUUGAAGAGACCUGACUAUGGAUAUCUCUUUCUGCUCCUUAGAAAGGGUCGGCUAUGUUCAGUGCAAUUUCUGCAGCACUGUUCUCGCGGUGAGUGUUCCAGCAAGCAGCAGCAUGUUCAGCUUUGUGACAGUGAGAUGUGGGCACUGUAGCAAUUUGCUCUCUGUUGCUAUGACUUCUAAUUUCCUUCCCCCUCUCCCUCUUCAAGAUAUAAUCCAGAAGCAAAAAUGGAACAAUGAAGAUGAGAGUGGGUCAACGGCUUCGAAACUCAACAAGUCAACAGCUAUUGGUCCUCCAGAACAUGAUGAGCAACCUAGGCUCAGCCACAUACGCCCACCAGAAAGAAGACAUCGAGUCCCCUCAGCAUACAACCGAUUCAUCAAGGAGGAGAUCCAGAGGAUAAAAGCAAGCAACCCAGACAUUAGCCACCGGGAAGCUUUCAGCACUGCUGCUAAAAAUUGGGCACAUUUCCCUCACAUCCAUUUUGGGCUAAAUAUGGAUAACAAGCAAGCCCAGUUAGAUCAUUCAGUGGGAGGGGAAGGGCUUCAGAAAUCCAUUGGUCUCUGCUAAGAAAUUAUUAUAUAUUCCUAAAAGUAAUCAACCAUGUAUAAGAGGGUUUCAAUAGGUACCUUAUGUAACUAAGAAAUAAAUAUGCAUAUAUUUUAAUGCAUCAUUCAAUGAGCUCUAAAAUGAUCAUCAUGGGUUGAUGUUGAGUCUCUUGAUUGGUUAAAAUUAAGACUCCAUUUGUGAUAAUAUUUUUGUGGUACCUAUUGAAAUAGCACUUAUAUAUGAGUGUAUGAUAUACGAAGUAUAUGUGUGUAUGUAAUCAUAUUCAUAUGUAUUCAUGUGUGUAAGAUGGGAAUUAUGUUUCGAAACUGUAAGUAAAUUAUUUGGAAUUCCAACAUACUUUAUCUAUUAUUAGGGUGGACCAAAUAGUAUCAUAUUAUCAUUGAAUAUUUGUAUUUGUACGGGCGAGUACAUAAUAAUAUUCAUUCUUCAAGUGUGAUUAUUUAAUUUCAUC